GGGGGGGGGGUUUAAGGGUGAUGAUCCACAAUUCUUUGACUAGUAUGGUGUUUGCUUCCAGGUGUUUUGCCAAAGUAUUUUAGUUCUGAGUGGUCUUUUGCUCGGUUUCACUUACCAGAAGACACCCAAUUCAUUGCAGCAUUUGGAUCUCAGAACACUGUUGUUAUUGUUGGAAUGGAUGGAAGUUUCUACAGAUGCAGUUUUGAUCCUGCACACGGGGGAGAGAUGUUGCAACAGGAAUAUGUGCGCUUCGUCAAAGCUGACAGCCAACCUAGAUGGUAACUGCACCAUGGAAAUGAUUCUUCUCAUCCUUGAAAAUGUGGAACCUCAAAAUCUAUAAAUGUACAAAUCUGAAAUAGCUGGAUUUAAUGCUGGUGCUUAUUGUAUGACUUGACAAAUACUGCCAGUCAGUUGCUCCUUAAUGGUUGUAUGGAAUUGCGCGAGUUCAAAUUGGAACAACUAAAAACGAAGAGAGGGAAUAUCAACUUGAUUGCCUCCGUACUGCUUUCACAGCUUAGAAUAGCAUGGCAUGUUGACGUCAUUUGUUUUUACUGAAUGAGAUGUGGACCUGUUUAUGUUUUACGACUUUGGAGGUUAACCUAUUCCAUUUAAAAGGAAGAAUGGAUGUCAAUUGUUUAAAUAAUUUAGUUGUUUUCUU